AUGGAAUUAUCACGUGCAUGGAUAUUACUUGUGUGUUGCUUACUAGCAAUAGGGCACGUUACAUCCGCACCGAAUCCUCAGGAGCCGGCGUUUGAACUUCCAGUCCAAUUAGUCGGAUUUCCUGUCAUCAUUGCCGCUGUCAGAAUUACUAAUUUCAUUAAGAAAUUGGCCUACUCUCUCAACCCUCAGACCUACAUGGGACGAAGUAAAAGAUCUGUGCAGGAUGAGGAGAUAUUAGAUAUUGACCAAGUGGAGAAGAAAUUAAUUGCCGAAUUGGGGGAAAAAGUUUGCAUUUAUGAGAGAACCUGCGCCAAAUUUGCCGCUAUUACACUCAAGAAAGGAUAUCGCGACCCGAAUCUUGAUUGGGAUGAAAUAUUUAGUCAAUACAAGUCAUCACCAGAUCCAAUGAAAGAAAAUUAUUUACUGAGUGUUUUUAUGGGAGAAAUAAUUGGUAGCCCUCGACUUUGCCAUCAGCUUUCUAAACGACUGAGUGAAAAAGUUUGCCGAGAAGAGCAACUUGGUAUGAUGUAUUUGUGUUCGAGUUCAAUGUCCCAGUGCCCGCAAACGAAAGUGACUUGGCUCGUGAAGAACAUCAGCCUUGUCCUCAUUCUUGUGCUUCUAGGGCUUCUUCGUACUCAUCCGGUUGUCUCAAGUCCCGUUCAAGUUCAACAUAACACUCAUCAGCUUCGUUACUGUCGCUUUGAAACGACUCAUAAGUUUUACACCAUCAACGAUUUGUUCAAAUGUAUUAAUGAGCUGGUACCCAGAACAAAACACAGAAAAUCUAGAUCGGCGGAUGACAAAACUCAAUUAUUCAUGACUUAUAAGAAUAAAGACAUCGAUGAGAGCGAAUUUGUCCCGCAUGCUGAAGCUAGGACUUUUUAUACUGACUUUGUUGACAUAAAACGAGGACCGUUGCCAAGAAAUGAUGGAAACUACUACCAAUAUCCUGGACAAAUUUACCCUACAGACCCGAAUCCACGGCCUGGAAUACUAGGAAUAAACCUACUAGAGGCAUUUUCAUCGAUAAAUAAAUACGACGACCGAAAAUGUGUCCACAGAAUAAUCUGCGAAGUGGCUUCUGGUGUUACACCCGGAAAUGUUGGAUUCAAACGUGCCAACUCUAUCUUCGGAAUCGGUUCGCUUAUCGAUUACCUUACAACGAGGACUUUUGACAUCUCAUCACCGUUGCUGACAUUCGGAAAAUCGGCUUUGAUGGGUUGGAACAACAGAGGAAAUCCAGACAUCUGCUACCAGAGAUACCCUCAGUGUCCCAGAAGCCAAAAUGAACUUAUUAGUUACUUGAAUAAUUACAACGGAGGGUUUUUCAGGUUUUUUAAUUAUCGCAAUACAGGAAGCUACAAUCGUGGUUUGGAUGCAGUUGAUUCACAAAUGGUUUCUGAUCGUAAAGCAACGGGGGAACUUAAGUUUGAUACUCCUUCUUCAAGAACUGUUUUGGUUGAACGCAGCAAGAAAAAUGAUGAUCACAAUAGAGUUGUCUUUCCAGAUCAGCAGUAUGUUAAAAUUAUGGACUAUACUGACUCAGAUAAAUUUAAUAAUUCACCGGAAUCGUCGUUUUUUCCUCAGGAUAGGAAGGAUCAAAAAGUCGAGGAACUGGUAUACGAUUUUCACAGCGAUAAAUCAUCCCAAUCAGAAGAUAAAGAUAAAGAACCGUCGGCAGUGCCCAAAGAAUCACAACAGGCAUCUCGAGGGUCUCAUAAAAACCACGGAAAGCUCUAUCUGCCGACUAAAAAUACUCCUUAUUCAACUAAAAAAUUAUCAAGUUACACCUUUCCAGACGGGCAGCGUAUCAUGAUAGACACAACCUUCUCAAAAUUAUUUUCCGAUAGCUACAAAAAACCUCUAAAACGGGGCCUCGUGAAUAAUGCGCCCCGGGCUAUCGACAUGGAGGGUUUGUACGUGAUUAAUCUGACGGAACUGUAUCCCACCGUCAAUGAUGACACUCGUCCAGUGGAGGAGCAAAUUAUUCAUCCUUGUGACGUGAUUUGUCAUGAUUCAAGAGGUACAGCUGUUCAAUUCACCCAAUUUGUUAAUUCUAAUGAUGAUAAUAGCAACAUCAACUCCAACUACGCCAGCGCUGAUAAAAAUAAGUUUCUCACCACCCUCAUGACACCUGAACACCCGAUUCUGGACUUAUCUAAGAGACUACCUUGCCAAAUUAUUUGCUUGAAUGCCCGCGGUCAAAGGCGACGUAUUACUACUACAUUUAAUAAAAUAAUAAGAUCCAAGCUUGCAAAUAACCAAGAGGGUGGUUAUCAAUCAGGAAAG